AAACACGCCAUUGACAAAGUGACCAAAGCCAUACAGGGCGAGAUAAGAAAAAACGGCUACAAAACCUCAGACGAUGGAAAAGAGUUUGGGUCUAGAUGGGAUAAUACUUCAAAGUACUAUUUGGCGAAGUACUGUUGCGAGAUUGGUCCUUUUCUGGGGUUCGAAUAUAUGAAGCCUAAGCCGCCGACGAAGCUAGAGACCAGCUCUCUCAAUUCCCUCGAGUGGUCCCGUGUUCUGCACAAUCUGUUUCUGUCGGUGAACUUUAGUAGGAAAGCUGGUUCCAACGGAGACACGAUUGAAAACUAGGGUCGAAUACUUGGUGGAUAGCGCUAACGAAAAAUCAUCGCAGUCCCCACUGGAGAUGAGAGGAACCCUUGCAUCAUUGCGGGUGACGGAAAAACUGACGAGCUUGUGGAAGAUCUAACAAGAAUCAAAAAUUCUGCAGAUAAUUGUCGAAAAGAGAUCGAAAACGUUGAAGUACAGCGCCAGUCCAGUUACGGGACGUGAGGUGGGCACCCUGUAAGGAUGCUCUUCCUCGAAUUUUACAGAACACGACAAUAUCAGAAUCCGAAAUCUCUCUACCAGCUUUUGAUGAUGUCAACGCACCGAACGUGCAAACCAUGGCUCAAAGACGCAGGGCG